AUGGCUCAGCAGGCGCAGUGUCUUCUCCCAAGCUUCGGUACCAUUUCUGACGGCCCUAAACGACCCGUCUCGAUCACAACAAAAACAACUCCUUCGCAAAGUGCCAAGUUGCUCUCUGCAUAUAAGAACGACUCGCUGGAUCCGUUGCUAAAAACCGCGUGGGGGUUACUGCUUUACCGGUAUACUGGCCUGCAGGAUGUUUGCUUUGGAUACAAACAUGACGAUGCUGGAGCUCUUGUUUCUCAGACGUCAGACGCUGGAAGGCUCUUGACGUUCAGACUCACAAUCAAUGAACACGACACAAUCAAGACCAUCUUGGAGAAAUCCGGGGGUGGAUACGGUUGUCAAACUGACAUUGGUGUGAGCGGAAGCUCCAAUGCGAACAAUGAUAACUACUCGUCGUUCAAUACGGUGGUUAUGGUACGAGUCUGCGGUGACAGUACAAAGGAAGAGACCUUUGUACGACCAGUAUUUCAGAGUAUCCUUCCAGAAGAGUGCCGCGCCAGACUUCACGUGAAGGUACUACAGGAAGAUAUCUGCAUCUUCUUGGAAUGGUGGAAUACGGAUAUCUCUACGGCACAGAUGGAAAGUGUCGCUCGGUACUUUGAGCAUAUUCUGAACCAAGUUCUUUACAGCGAUGACACUGUUGUUGCGAAUGCAGACUGCUUCCUGGAACAGGACUGGGCUCGAAUUUGCAAGUUCAAUUCAGUAAUUCCAGAGACCUAUGACCGUUGUAUCCACGAUGUCAUUAGCGAACAAGUACGGCUUCAUCCACAGCGAGAGGCUGUAUGCGCCUGGGAUGGAAGUUUUACCUAUGGGGAACUGGAUGUGCUCGCUUCUGAACUUUCGUAUCGUCUAAAAGGCUAUGGUGUUCGCCCAGAAACUUUUGUUGCCCUCUGCUUCGAUAAAUCGAAAUGGAAUAUUGUAGCCAUGCUCGGCGUACUGAAAGCUGGCGGCGCCUUUGUCCCUCUCGAUCCAACCCAUCCGACACCUCGCUUGCGGUCCUUGGUGGAUUCCGUCAAUGUAAACAUCAUGCUCUGUUCCAGGAACAGGGCAGAGCAUCUGAGCAAGGUCGUAAAUAAUCUGAUACCGCUGGAUGAACAAUCGUUCGGCAAGAUUUCUUUUCCUCCAAGAGGAUAUCUCCGGCAAGAAGUGAAAAGCAACAACGCGGCAUAUCUCAUUUUCACUUCUGGCUCAACAGGAAAACCAAAGGGCACGCUGCUGGAGCACAGGGCUUUCGUCUCCUGCGUUUUCGCCUACGCACCGCUGAUACACGGAGGUUGCGUAUGCGUACCGAGCGAAGAGGAGCGUUUGAACGACAUAGUCCAGGCAAUCAACAGGAUGAAUGUCAACUUUAUCUGUUUGACGCCAUCCUUUGCCCGAUUCGUCAAUCCGUCGAGUAUUCCCCAGGUGAAUACUGCUCUCUUGGUCGGAGAAGCAAUGUCUCGAACAGACUUAGAAGCAUGGUCGCAUAUCAAGCUUCUGAAUGGAUAUGGUCCCACCGAGGCCGCGGUUUGUGCUGCAAUCAAUAGCACCAUGGACAUUAACUCCGAUUGUCGUGAUAUUGGGUUAGCCACGGGGACGCAUUUCUGGGUUGUGAAACCGAACAAUCACGACCAGCUUGUCCCUGUUGGGUGCCCAGGAGAGCUUCUGCUUGAGGGUCCUACCCUUGCUCGGUGCUACAUAAACAAUCCGGAGAAGACAGAUGAAGUUUUCAUAUAUAAUCCUACCUGGGCACGGCACGAUCCAAAGCGCGGUGAUCGCAGGUUCUACAAGACUGGAGACUUGGUAAGGUACAACUCAGAUCUUGGUUCGCUCACUUUCUUAGGAAGAAAAGACUCCCAGAUCAAGCUUCAUGGACAAAGAAUUGAACUGGGUGAGAUCGAGCAUAAUAUUAGUACACUUCCUUUAGUCAAGCACGGCAUGGCAUUUUUGUGCGAAUCGGGACCCGCAAAAGGGAGGUUGAUGGCCGUGGUAUCCCUAAACGGAGAACUAUCUUCAAAUACCGUGCCAUUCAAGCUUCUUCCACCGGCAGAAAGAACAUAUGCCGUUACGGAGCUUCGGCAGCAGCUCUCGAAGCGUCUUCCUACCUACAUGAUUCCUGCAGUAUGGCUAUGUGUCGAAGCCUUGCCACUGCUGCCCUCCGGGAAACUAAAUAGGAGAGAAAUCAUAAGCUGGGCUACGAACAAAACGGAUGACUUCCAGGGCGGAGCUUCUGAGUCCAGUGGUGUCGAGACUCCGAAAGCCGCCCACUCGGAGGUCACAGUAGAGGAUCGAUUAAAGUCAAUAUGGAGUCGCGUUCUUGCCAUUCCCCGUGACCGAAUCAGUCUUGACGAAAGCUUUUUGGCUUUGGGCGGCGAUUCGAUAGCUGCAAUAACCUGCAUGGGCUAUUGUAAGAAACAGGGAAUGGGUGUUACGGUGCAGGACGUGCUCCAAAGCAAGUCAAUCCGAGAUCUGGUUACCCGCGUUCAAGAGAUCAAGCAUCUUGUGAAAUACCAAGAGGAAACCGAAGAGCCUUUUGGCCUCUCUCCUAUCCAGAAACUUCAUUUCAUGAUCCGAAAGGAGGGCCAGGGUUACUUUAACCAGAGCGUUCGUACCCGGCUGAGCCGACGGCUUAGCGCAGAUGAUUUAAGGCAUGCGAUACAGGUGAUCAUUGAGCGACACUCCAUGCUCCGAGUACGGCUUAUUAAGGAUACUCUUGUGGGAAACCUUCGACAGCGCAUCACUAGAGAUAUUGACUCGUCAUACCGGUUGCGAGUUCACAACAUCAAUCACCAGGCUCAAAUGGAGAGUGCCAUCUCGGUCAGUCAAUCGUGCAUCAACGCAUUUCAGGGCCCAAUCAUGGCUGUCGAUAUUUUUUACACAGAGGAUGAUUGCUUCCUAUCAAUGGUUGCUCAUCAUCUAGCCAUUGAUAUUGUGUCUUGGAGGAUUAUCCUAGAAGACCUUGAAGACAUCCUGCUUCGCUCCGAAGACAAGACAAUCUAUACUAGCUCUCUCCCGUUCUCGACAUGGUGUCACCUGCAAGAUGAGCGGACGCAAACCUUUGGCUCAUACCUCGAAGAUUUGCCCAUACCCGAUGCUGCUUAUUGGGGAGUAGAGAAUCGGGUUGCAACGUACGGAGAUGCAAUUUGCGAAACAUUUGAACUUGGAUUAGAUGAUUCUAAAUCAAUUCUAAUGGAAUGCCACAAGAGUCUUGCGACCGAGCCUGUUGACAUUCUACUAGCAUCACUUCUGCACGCUUUUGGCCAAACUUUCAGAGACCGCUCUUUGCCAGCGAUUUAUAAUGAAGGGCAUGGAAGGGAAGCCUGGGAUUCAUCAAUCGACAUAUCCCGUACAGUCGGUUGGUUUACUACUGUUUUUCCAAUUUUCAUACGGGAACAAAUACCGGAUGAUCCUGUUGAGACAGUCGUGCUCGUCAAGGACAUCCGCAGGAGUGUCUCAGAUAAUGGGAGGCAACGAUUUGCAAGCCUCAUGUCAGCUUCAACAAAAGACGAGAAAAGAGAAUUCCUAUGUCCAAUGGAAAUCUCAUUCAACUACGUCGGCCAGCAUCGUGAUCUGCAAAGACAAGACGGUUUGUUCCAGCUCAUGAACCAAAUGGCUGGCGAGACUGGUCAAGGCGGAGGCGCAUCAGACUUCGGUAAGGAGACUCCUCGAUUUGGACUGUUCGAAAUAUCAGCCCUUGCUGUGAACGGAAGGUUGCGCUUCAUAUUCUCUUUCAGCAAAUAUAUGAGACACCAAAAGAGAAUCCGGGCUUGGAUCGCCAGUUGCGGUGAUGUGCUCAGAUCUCUUGGGAAGCGUCUCCAAACACAUGCUAAGAGGCCAACACUGAGUGAUUUCCCGAUGCUAUCCUUAACGUACCCUGAUAUUGAAAGCAUGCUAGCAAAGACGUUGCCGAGUCUUGGUGUCAGUUCCCCAGAGCUCAUUGAGGACAUUUAUCCCUGCUCUCGCAUGCAACAGGGCAUACUACUUGCCCGAUCCAGGGAUAGUUCUCUGUAUGCAGUCCACGAUACUUACGAGGUAAGAGGGUUCAACGGAAAGCCUGAUGUUGCGAGACUCGCGGAAGCGUGGCGGAUGGUGGUUUCCCGCCACGCGAUGCUACGCACUCUAUUCGUGGAGAACUUAACCAGUCGUGAUCUAUUCUCUCAACUGGUGCUGAGGAACUGCGAGCCAUCGAUACUCUAUUUGAGUUGCCCGACUGAUGACGACGUGGUAUCGACCUUCAAUAGCCAACGUCCGGAGAUUUACAAUGAAUAUCAACCGCAUCAUCGCCUGACGUUCUGCGAAACAGCAAGUGGUAGGGUAUUCUUCCGGUUAGAGCUGAGCCACGCAGCCAUGGAUGGUGUGUCUAUCUCAGUCAUCUUAAGAGACCUCCAGCUCGCUUAUGAUGGAAAGCUCGACCAAAACAAACCACUGUUCAAGAACUACAUUCAGUAUCUACGAAAUACUCCACAAGACGCCAGUAUUGUGUACUGGAAAAAUUACCUUGCAGAUGUCAAACCUUGCCUUUUCCCUACACUUACCGAUGGCAAGAUCAUUGCUCAAAAGCAGCUCAAGGUUCUGCGCCCCAAAUUUAAUUUGUUCAAUGAUCUGCAGACAGCCUGUGAGGAAAGACGCUUGACUUUGUCCUCUGCAUUCACUGCCGCUUGGGGACUCACACUUAGCCUGUUCUGUGGCUCAAAUGACGUCUGCUUUAGCUAUAUGACAUCUUUAAGGGAUGCCCUGGUUGAUGAUAUCGAGUCAGUUGUCGGGCCUGUUAUCAAUCUGCUAGCAUGCCGGGUGAAGAUUUCCGAGGGUGAUACUCUCAGAGAUAUCAUGCAGAAGGUACAAAAUGACUGCAUGGAGCAGCUUGCCUAUAAUACCUUGUCACUCAUCGAUAUUGUACACGAACUCAGACUCUCGGAACAAGCAUUGAUCAAUACCGGAAUAUCUUAUCAGAGAGUAACAAAGAUGCAGAUGCACCAUACCACAGGCAUAAACCUCUCUCGUGUCUGUGCAAUUCAGGACCCUGCCGAGUAUCCUUUGUUUGUUAACGUCGUAGCCUCGGACAAGGCUGCAGAGAUCGAGGUUAACUACUGGACGGAUACACUUUCUGAUGAACAGGCAGAAAGUGUUUCUAGCACAUUUUUCAAGUGCUUGGAAAACAUUGUUCGUCAUCUAAAAGAGCAAGUUGGCCAGCUCGAGGUAUUGAGCGACUGGAAUAAGCAACGUAUACGGAAAUGGAAUAAACAGCUACCCGAGGAAGUUGAUAUGCUUGUGCAAGACAUCAUCCAAGAAAAGAUGGCUUCUCAACCUGAUAAACCUGCGAUCAUAGCAUGGGAUGGAACUCUCACCUACGCUGAGCUUGAGUAUUUAUCGUCGUGUUUCGCUGCGUACCUUCAGCAACUCGGGGUACGUCGGGGAACCCUGAUGCCAAUUUACGUGGGCAAGUCCGUCUGGCAAAUUGUAGCCAUUUUGGCUGUUUUUAAGACCGGUGCCAUAUGCGUUCCCAGGGAUGAGGCACAGCUUGGGGACAGUGUCGACAAAUGGCUUGUUGAUCAUGGCGCACACAUUGUUGUGACGCUUCCUUCUCUGGCUGGGUCGCUUGAACGGCAAUUCCCAGUGGUCGUCCCCAUCAAUAAAUCUCUUUUUGAGUUCCUGCCGAGUAGCAGCCAAGAGAAUCUUCCUCAAGUAUACCCUCACGAUGAUAGCUUCAUUGCGUUCGAUUCUAGCGACCCACACGAAUCCUCGGCGGUUUUAGAUCAACGCGCAAUCAUCGCCCGAGCAGCAUCUUUUGCAUCAACAAUCAAUUCCAAUUCAGGCACAAAGACAUUCCAAUAUGCCCCUUGCACGAGUGAUAUGUUCCUUCAGGAAGUUAUGGGCACUUUUAUGUCCGGAGGCUGUCUUUGCAUCCCUAGAAGUGAUUCACUAAGCCAGCUGUCAAGGUCGAUCAACGAGACAAGCGCGAACCUCAUUUGUCUCACACCCCUGGUAGCCUCUUUCAUUCGCCCGUCAGAUGUUCCAAGCAUCCAAGUGCUGGUUCUGUUUGGUGAGCAGUCGGCGAGAAACGUUAGAAAUAUUUGGUCAGAAAAAGUUCAGCUUUACACCUUCUAUGGACGAACCGAGUGCUCCUCCACUUGUAUCCAAGUUUCAGGACUAGACGAUUUGGACACACAAUCAUCCAUUGGCACAAGUGUGGGAUGCUGCUCGUGGGUAGUUGACCCGCAGGAUUUCACCCGCUUGGUUCCCGUAGGAUGCAUUGGUGAACUGGUAAUAGAAGGUCCCAGCGUAUCACGCGGGUAUUUUUGCCACGAGAAACAAAAGAAAGAGAGGUUCACUGAACAAGACCGUGGGCUUAUGGAGCCAGCAAAGCGACCUUACACCCUCUUUCCAGGGUCGCGCCGAAAGAUGUUCAGAACAGGGUACUUGGUUCGAUACAAUGCGGACGGGACUCUAGUCUACUUGGGGGAAAAGGUUGAUUCAAUGGAUCAGACGCUACAGAUGAUUGCUUUUAAGAUCGAACAGCUUUUAGAUGUUCAGGGAUCGGCGGGCUAUCGAUGUGUCGCGGAAAUUCUUGACUUGAGAAUUGAGGAAUACCCAGAGCCUUGCAUCGCUGUUUUCAUUCUUUCGACAGAAAAGCAACAAUCCAAUACUAUAAAACAGUCGACAGUGAUUGCACGGAAGACCAACAACUCACAUAUGCUUAUGGCAAAGUUGCAUGCUUCCCUGGCAGCUUCCUUGCCGGCAAGCCAAGUUCCCAGCCUGUACUUCCCUGUCUUUGGCUUACCAAUGACCUCGUUGGGAAAGGUAAAUCGCCCGCUACUGAGAAAAGCUGUCAAGAGUCUCUCAGCGGACUCUUUAACUGAGUACGAUUUGAAGAAGUUUGGGGAGUUCUGGCGCCAUCAAUUAGAAAAACCCUCACUUUCGGGGCAACAUCUUUUACAGCCUUUUCCUAUCCAAGAAUCACCCGCUCUGAAGAUGGUUGACAAAGGCGAGCUGUUAGUGAACGCCAAAGAGAGCAGCAACUCAGCAGAGCAAUUUUUACCACAGGCAACAAUGAUUCCUCGCCGAGUUCAAGUCAACAACUCAACCAGUAUCUCUGGGCUAUUGGACCAAACUGCCUCUUGUUUGGUAAAAGCCAGGCCCUAUGAAAAGACACCACUCUCGUCAAUCAGGAGCCUCAAUGCAGACACUUCUCAGGCCUCAGACUUUGACUCUGCGCUUUCAAUCUCAUCUAUGACUUCACAACAGCAGAGCCAAUACUUGAGAAGCCUAGAAAACGCGGAGCGCCUACACUCCAGGUUCUCUGCAUGCCCAAUUGUGGUAUUCUGUGCGCUGGAGGAGACAGGAGUGAGCCUGGAAAUACGUUAUGAUGAUAGGGCUGUGUAUCGCUCUCAGGCCGACCGGCUGCUAGCCCUUUUUGGCGAAUGCUUGAACAUUUUCAAGUCGACAACUGGCCUGGAAGAGAAAGUUGCUGACCUUUCGAAGAGGGGUGGAAACCUGCAAAUCUUCAACGAUACUAUCGACUAUUGGAAGGUACAAUUGACUGAUAUUGAGUCAUGCCUGUUCCCAGACUUGAGCCCUAAGAAAGGGGAAAGCAGGUUAGGCACAGAAACACUAAGACUAUCAAAUGCAUCAAAAAUGCAAAGUGCAUGCAAGGCUCUAUCCAUUAAUCCAAACAUUCUGCUUCAGACUGUCUGGGCGUUGGUUCUUCGAUGCUACACAGGCCUGGAAGAUGUUUGCUUCGGAUACCAUGUCUCCACCAAGAAAGACUCAGUUAACAUAUUGCCUUGUCGAUUCAACCUGAACGAUGACUUGAGGCUGCAGGAUGUCAUGCAGAAGAGAAAGGAGGAUAUGGAAUCUGCGUCAAAGUACCAGAUGCCACUGUUCGAGAUUCUUCGCGCUAUCGGGUCUGAGAACUCCCCGAUAUUUAACACUGCCUUCAGAUAUAGAAAAUCCUCAUCGAAUGCGGCCGUUUUCAACAACGCUGUUCUUGACCCAGUUAAUGAGGGGCUGAAUGAGUACCUCAUUUCUGUCAAUGCCAGCGUCUCUGGUUCUUCAGCAGAAAUCAGUUUCGACUACCAGUCAACGAGCCUCUCAGAAACGGAUAUUGGUCAUAUAAUCGACUGUUUUGAAUGCAUCCUUAACUCCAUUCUCACUCUGCUUGGACCAAGCCGGGUGAUCAGAGAUGUUGAGUUCUUUGGCCGACAAUCUUGCCAGAAAGUGAGCGCCUGGAACGCAUCUCUUCCUGAACGACCAAAGCGGUGCGCUCACACGAUCAUCCAAGAUCGAGUAAUUGCGCAACCUUCAGCACCGGCCAUAUGUUCAUGGGAUGAGAACUUUACAUAUUCAGAGCUUGACUCUCUGACAACUAAGCUUGCAUACCAUCUCAUGGAUUGGGGUGUUGGACCAGAAGUAUUCGUUGGGUUAUGCUUUGAGAAGUCAGCUUGGGCUGUCAUCGCACAAGUUGCUGUCCUAAAGGCUGGUGGAGCCUUUGCAUCCUUAGACCCUGCUCACCCCGAAAGCCGCCUACGAGGCCUUGUUGAUGACAUUGCGGCCCCAAUCGUUCUGUGCUCGACUAGAUAUCUGGACAAAUCGUCGAGGAUUUGCAUGGCUGCACUAGCUGUGAGCCACUAUACCCUUGAGCAAAUUCCAGAUUCGCCAGCCACGAGAAGUCUGCCCACUUUAAGUGUUGAGAAUGCAGCCUAUGCAAUCUUCACGUCAGGAACUACCGGAAAACCCAAGAUCACUGUUCUUGAACAUGCUGCACUUGACGUUGCGUCUUCAUGCUUCGCGAAAACACUGGGCAUUGAUUCGAACACUCGGGCACUACAGUUUUCAAGCUACACGUUUGAUGUUAGCAUCCUUGAGACGAUAAUCACUUUGAUGACAGGAGGCUGUGUCUGCACGCCUAGUGAUGACGAGCGCAUGAAUGACCUCGCAGGCGCGAUAAAGAGGAUGGAAGCAAACUCUAUAAGCUGCACCCCGUCUGUCAUCAGUACACUAGAUCCGAGCAGUGUUCCAACGUUAAAAACAAUCUUCACCGGAGGCGAGAAGCUUACUGAGGCUCAAAUCAUGCGCUGGGCAGAUAGGCGGUUCUACAACGCAUAUGGGCCUUCAGAAGCGACGAUUAUCGCCACGGCGAGUCUAAAGGUCAACCGGGACGGAAUAAGGCUGGACGAUGACUGCAACUCUAUCGGUACGGCCGUGUGUGGAAGAGCUUGGAUUGUCGAUCCGUACAAUCAUCAUCGACUUCUCCCUGUCGGUGCUGUGGGUGAACUUGUACUGGAGGGAUACAAUAUUGCCCGCGGCUACCUCAAUAAUGACAAGAAAACGAAGGAGGUAUUUAUCACCCUGCCUCGGUGGCUUCGGGAUUCAGGGCUUCGAGAUGUGCCUAAGCCCACUGGCCGGAUGUACCGAACAGGAGAUCUGGUGCGCUACAAAUCUGAUAAGAAUAUUUCCUUCAUUUCUCGCAUGGACACGCAGGUCAAACUUAACGGACAACGGAUUGAAUUGGAGGAGAUUGAACAACAAUGCACAUUCAUUUCACCAGCAAACACACAAGUAGCUGUUGAUAUCGUGGUACCGGAGACAAAAACCGUUGCAAAAGCUUUGGCUGCUUUCAUUACCAUUGCUGGACACGAAGCACAAAGUGCAACGCCGGGACUGGGUGUCUCCUCGAGCUUGCUGCUUCCUCUAUCUGACUCUAUCCAGAGAACAAUCGGACAGCUUCACAACUCUUUGGGUCAAGUUCUGCCACAAGUCAUGAUCCCAAGGCUCUAUUUCCCGGUUCGUUACCUACCCCUAGGUACAACUGGAAAACUUGACCGCAAAGGCCUGCGUGCAAUGGUUCAAGCCCUUCCGAAAGAGCAGCUGAUAUCCUACAUGAUUUCGAACGUCGGUUCAGGGCGCGCGGUUGAGCGAGCCGCAGAGUCAACCCUUCGAGACCUAUGGGCAAAGGCUCUUGAGAUUGAACCGGGAUCAAUCAGCGCUGAGGACAGUUUCUUUGCGCUAGGUGGCGAUUCCUUCGCUGCCAUGAAGUUGGUGGGUGCUGCAAGAUCUCAAAAUAUUUCUCUCUCAUUUGCCACAAUCUAUGAACAUCCCGUCCUGGUAGAUAUGGCUAAGUGCUGUGACGAUACCGAAAAGCCUGCUGAAAGACAGAGAGCUGAUCUUCGACCGUUCACUCUCGUCCCCGGCUCGAUUCCGUUGCAUGAUAUCAUGGAAGAGGUUUCUGAACAGUGUAGUGUUACUAAGGACUCGAUAGCCGACAUUUAUCCUUGCACUGCAGUCCAGGAAGGUUUGAUUACUCUUUCAAUUAAGAGUCCAGGCUCCUAUGUUGCCCGAAUACCCUAUCGCCUUGCAGCGAGUAUCGAUCUCCAGAGGUUUAAAGCGGCAUGGCAGCAAGUCACAGAUGAGUUUGAUAUACUUCGGACUCGAAUUGUUCACAUCGAGAAUACUGGUUUCCUUCAAGUUGUUCUUAAAAAGGAGAGGAUCUCUUGGACCCUUGAAACUUCCCUUGAUAAUGUGACUGAUGAUACCGCCGAGGGUAGCGGAGCACUAUUGGCAAAGUACGCAAUUGUUCAACUGGGGACUGAUUCGAGAUAUCGGCAGUGCCUUUACAAGCUCUUCAUCCAUCACUUACUCCAGCGUGAUAUGCAGCAGUCGGACGAGUUCUGGAAAUCAUACCUUGAUGGUCUAUCUUGCGAGCCUUUCCCCCCAAAAAAGAACAAAGAUUUGAGUUGCUCUGGAGCAGGAAGCAUUCAUCGGGCCAGCGUUGAUAUUUCCAGGAAAGUCGGAACCACUGAUACUACAGUUCCCGAGUUAGUUCGUUCCGCAUGGGCUAUUGUGCUUUCUGUGCACACUGGCUCUGGCGACGUCUGCUUUGGAGAAACUCUAAUGGGCCGGAACAUUGAUAUGCCCGGUAUCACGGAUGUUGUAGGACCAGUGCUGACAACUGUGCCUAUGCGCAUACGAGUGGACAACAAACUCCCAAUAAAUCAGUAUCUCCGGGAUGUGCGCCAGAUAAUAACGACUAUGAUACCUCAUCAGCAUUCAGGUCUCCAGAGAAUUCAGAAGCUCAGCGGUGACGCAGCACUUGCCUGCAACUUUCAGAAUUUGCUGGUGAUCCAGUCGGAUGAUUCUCAGCUCAACGAUGAUAUUUGGAGCCCAGUGGAGCAGGACACACGGGGUGACUUUUUCACACACCCACUUGUGGUUCAAUGCCAGAUAUCUGGCCCCAGGCUACUUAUCCUUGCCAACUAUGAUGAACUAGUGCUCGACGACUGGCAAACGGAGAGGCUCAUAGGGCAAUUCAGCUUUGUGCUUGAACAACUUCUUAGUGUUCCUCGAGACAGCUUGAUGACGGUAGGAGACAUUGAUAUCACUGGUCCCCUGGAUAAGAGAGAUAUCGCCAGCUGGAACCAGCGACAGGUGACCUGCGUCAACAAGUGUGUCCACGAAAUUAUCCGUGAGAAUGCUAUCAUGCACCCGCAGGCCACCGCCAUCUGCUCGUGGGACGGUGAGAUCACUUACGAAGAAAUGUUCCAACUUGCCUCUUCCUUUGCCGCCUACCUUGUGAUCUGCGGAGUUGGUCCGGAAACACUUGUCCCAGUCUGUUUAGGCAAGUCUCUCUGGACAAUGGUCACUGUGCUCAGUGUCCUGCUCGCGGGCGGCGCCUUUGUGCCCCUCGACCCUUCGCACCCUACUUCGAGGCACAAAGAGAUUUUGGAAGAGAUAGAAGCAGAUAUGAUACUUUGCUCGCCACAGCUUCGCAGCCGCUACCUGGGUUCUGUCAGCACAAUCAUUCCCGUGAGCGAAGACACUAUCAAAGCAUACAGCACGGUCACAACGAGCGAAAAAGCAAAUGCUAGCCCUACCCCCGAGAACAUGGCAUAUGCAAUAUUUACUUCUGGGAGUACGGGCCGUCCCAAAGGCAUCAUUAUAGAGCACCGUGCAGUAUGCAGCAGUGUCAUUGGCUUUGCCCCAGUUGUGGGGCUAAACAAGGAAUCCAGGGUUUUCCAAUUCGCUUCCCUCACAUUUGACGCCGCCAUAUUGGAGGUUCUUGGUACUCUAAUGCUGGGAGGCUGCAUCUGUGUGCCUAGUGAUGACGAACGUUUGAAUGACAUACCAGGUGCUAUGCAACGGAUGAAUGUCUCAUGGAGUUUCUUGACGCCAUCUGUUGCUUGUAUCCUUGAGCCCUCGACUGUACCUUCUCUGCAGAUUCUCACGUGCGGAGGCGAAGCACUCUCUAGCGAAGUGGUAAAGAAAUGGACAGGCCACGUAAAGUUUUACGGAGGGUAUGGUCCUACAGAGACCGUUGUGUUUGCGGUUGUGGCCCGCGAUUUUGUGGACCAUGACUUCACAUGCAUUGGUUACGGAGUCCCGAGUACCUUGACCUGGGUCGUCCAGCCCGAUGACCAUGACAGGCUUGCUCCGUUGGGAGCCGUUGGGGAGCUUGUACUGGAGGGCCCAGCUCUUGCAAGGGAAUAUUUGAAGAACCCCUCGAAGACAACGGAUGUUUUCAUUAACGAACCCGCUUGGAUUAAGAGCUUUCCGAGUUCCUUACCUUCUCCUAGAAGGAUAUACAAGACUGGUGAUCUUGUUAGGUAUAACCCUGACGGCUCGAUAGAGUACCUAGGGCGCAAAGAUCACCAGGUUAAGCUGCAUGGGCAGCGCAUGGAGCUUGGCGAGAUCGAACAUCGCUUGCUUGCAAGCGAGAAUAUUCGGAAUGCUGUUGUAAUACUCCCCCAGAAAGGCCCACUACGGCAGAAGUUGGUUGCUGUUUUGUCUUUGAAAUCGCUUACGGUGGAGUCAAGCACGAUCAUGACGGGCUCUUGCGAGCUCGCCAGUCAAAAGGACAUGCUAGAAACUGGAUAUCGACAAAUUAGGACAAGCCAGAAGAGUAUCGAAGAGCAGCUGCCCGUUUAUAUGGUCCCACAAGCCUGGGCAGUGGUCAAAAGCAUCCCGAUGCUUGUCUCUGGGAAGCUGGACAGGAAACGGAUUUGCACCUGGCUUGAGCAAAUUGAUAAAUCUGCCUAUGAUCGAAUUAUGCAGGACUACGAUAAUGUCGACCAGGUCAUCGUUGAAGAAGAAAAUAAGGGUGAGCGCGAGGGAGACGCGACUCCUGCGAUCAUUCGGGAUAUAUUCGCCCAGGUCCUCAAUCUACCGCUAAACAAAGUCGAUCCAAGUCGAUCAUUCAUAUAUCUUGGCGGAGAUAGUAUUUCCGGAAUGGCGGUUGUGUCAAAAGCUCGCAAACGUGGACUGAAUUUGCCUCUCAACCGCAUCCUCCAGGCUAAGUCGAUUGAAGAGCUCGCUGUGUCCUGUGGUACCAAACCAUUACCAACGAAGAACGUAAAGGAGUCAGGCAGUCUAUUCCCACUGUCCCCAAUUCAGGAAUUAUUUUUCCGCUCAGCGUCUGUUUUGCCGAAGGCUUUGGGGCGAUUCAAUCAGAGUAUUACUGUUCGUCUUGCAAGAAGGACGGAGCCGAAUGUUUUGGAGGAUGCUGUUAGGGCUGUUGUUCAGAAACACGCCAUGUUUAGAGCACGCUUCAGUAAAUCUUCAGACGGGACAUGGCGGCAGAGAAUCACAGAUGAGGUUGAUUCAUCUUACAAGUUCUGCACUCAUCCAGUAAAGAAUGCUGGCAAUAUGUUGAGCAUAAUUGCGGAUACUCAAAGCUCUCUUGAUAUUCAGAGAGGGCCUGUGAUUGCCGCAGACUUGUUCGACAAAAAUGGAGAGCAGAUUCUGUUCCUGGUAGCCAGCCAUAUAUGCGUGGAUGUGGUUUCUUGGCGCAUUGUCCUUCAGGAACUUGAGGACUUUGUUGACACCGGCUCAAUACCUUCUGACGUACCAUUAUCGUUCAAGUCCUGGUGCAACGUGCAAUUCGAGGAAAGCAAGAGACUCAACAAAAGUAUCGAAAUCCCCUGUCAGCAAGCAGACCUCAACUACUGGGGCAUGAGCCGAGCGCCCAACAAUUACGGCCAUGUUAAAAUGGACAGCUUCGCAUUAGACAAGCAAGCUACUGCAUUUAUCUCUGGGCACUUUCAUGAGAUCCUUGGGACGGAAACAAUGGAAGUUUUGCUUGCUGCUGUUAUGUACUCCUUCAAUCGCGUCUUCCCUGACAGGGAUGCACCAACGAUCUAUAAUGAAGGACACGGGCGCGAGCCCUGGAAUUACUCCGAUCCUUCAGGGACGAUCGGUUGGUUCACGACGUUAAAUCCACUGCAUGUUGAAGCAAGCUCAGAUCUACUUGAGCUUUUGAAGCAAGUCAAGGACACACGUCGCCGAAUUAGCGAACACAGUCGUGCUUUCUUCGCACACAACGUCCUGCAUUCUGACAGCACAGACAGGACUCAUAUGUUCUCUAUACCACUUGAGAUCCUAUUCAACUACCUCGGUCAACUCCAACAACUAGAGCGGGGCGGGUCAACCUUCCAGCACUACGGAGAUGUAUUUAGUGCUGAAACAAUGGACUCAGCGAGCGACAUGGGCCCAGAGACUCCAAGAUUCUCUCUCUUCGAAAUCACUGCGUUGAUACUCAAAGAGCAACUACAUAUUUCCUUCACUUACAACCGCAACAUGCGCCACCAGGCCCGAAUCCAAGCUUGGAUGGCUGAGUGCAAACGCGUGCUCGAGGUCGAAUUACCCAAGUUCAGAAACGUUGCACCACAGCCUACUCUGAGUGAUUACCCACUGCUUCCUAUAACGUACCAUGGGUUAGAGGAGUUGACAGCGAGUGUGCUUCCGCGCCUCGGAUUAGAAAGUUGGCGCCAGGUGGAAGAUAUAUAUCCAUGCUCGCCAGUCCAGGAAGGCAUUCUUUUCAGUCAGCUUCGAGAUCCGCACGAGUAUAUCUUCAAUGCUAUUUUCGAGCUCCGUCAAUCUGGGAAUAAGGGUAGCUUUGAUCUCGCGAGACUCAAGAAAGCAUGGUCCACGGUUGUCGUUCGUCAUCCGGUUCUAAGAACAGUUUUCAUUGACAGCUGCUGCGAAGAAGGGUCUUUUGACCAAGUAGUGCUCAAGGAAGCUAGCGAUGCGACAGUCUUGAUUGAGUGCGAUGAUUUAGAUGCUCUGAAUAAGCUCGAGGCAGUCAGUCUUCGGAGCAACAAGUCUUUGAAUCUUUAUCAUCAGCUGGUCCUCUGCAAAACAUCCACUGGGCGUGUCCUGAUGAAGCUUGAAAUGAAUCACGUUAUUAUUGAUGGAGGUUCGACUUCCAUUCUGCUGAGAGAACUGGCGUUAGCUUACAGCAACCAACAUCCGCCCGGACCCGGUCCGCUGUUCAGCGAAUACAUUAAAUACCUCAGAGAACAGCCAACGGCUGAAGCUCUCGAAUACUGGAAGCGGCGUCUUUCUGAUAUGCCUCCAUGUCACCUGCCAAUUAAUGCGAGUGAAAAUGGAGCUCGUCAACUUGGAACUCACUUGGUUGCGUUCAAUCGCUUUGCUGCACUUCAAAGCUUCUGCGAGGCUAAUUCGAUCACAUUUGCCAAUUUGAUCCUUGCAGUAUGGGCGAUAGUUCUUCGGAGCCACACAAAGUCUGAUGACGUCUGCUUCGGCUAUCCAUCUACUGGCCGUGACUUGCCUGUCCCCGGGAUUCAGGAUGCGGUGGGAAUAUUCAUCAAUACUUUGUGUUGCAGGGUCAGAUUUGAUACCAACCAGACUUUGAAGGGUACUGUCAAGUCUGUACAGGAAGAUCAUAUUGCCAGCCUUGCGUACCAGCGGUCUUCACUUGCCGAAAUUCAGCAUGCCCUUGGUAGGAAGGGAGAGCCGUUAUUCAACACGUGCAUAUCCAUACAGAACCGUUCGGAAGAUAAGACCGAGAUUGCUGGGAUAUCGUAUGAGUUUCAGAAGGCACACGAUCCUUGCGAGAUGCUCGGAAAGGGAAAGCCCGUCACAUCAUGGGUCAAGAGCCACGGCGCAGAAUCACCUAGUGAUUUUCCAGACAUCAGAAAUGACGUUGAAGAGUCUCUUCAAGAUUUAGUGGUGAUGAUGGAGAAAACUCCUGCAUCCUCCACGCAGACUCUCAACACAGACUAUAGAGCACCGAAUGAUUCCGAAAAACAGCUCUGGAGACUCUGGAGCAUAACACUGGGGCUGCCACCGCACCCUGUCAAGUACCAUGACAGCUUCUUCAGAUUAGGUGGCGACAGCAUCACAGCGAUGCGACUUGUCCGCGCGGCACGGGAUGAAGGACUGAAAUUGAGCGUGGCUGAUGUGCUUAAGAACCCUGUAUUUGAGAAUAUGAUGGCCCUGAUCAAUGACAGGAAGAAGUCUAUUCCCACAACGGUGACGGAGAAGCGUGCAGACAGCAUUGAGAAACGGGUUGAAGAUAAGCCCAUACUAACGAAGUGCGAAUCGUCCCAAGAUAUCUCCAUCUUAAGACCAAUGUCUCUAGAGUUCGAUGAUACGUCCCUGCGAGCAGCAAUCUCACCAAAGGUUGGCGUAUUCAAAGGGGGCAUCGUCGAUGUUCUACCAGUGACAGACUUUCAAGCUCUUUCACUCACGGCGACUAUGUUUGAGUCGAGGUGGAUGUUGAAUUACUUCUAUCUGGACGGGAAGGGUUCAUUGGAUAUUCGGCGAUUAAGGGAGAGUUUCCUGCGUGUUGUUGACGCCUUCGACAUUCUCCGAACAGUUUUCGUGUGUUUUCAUGGGCAAUUCUAUCAGGUGGUCCUUCGCAAGAUCAAGCCGGAUAUCUUUGUCCACGAGACGGAGAAGGGUCUGGAUGAGUACACCAACUCCCUGCAGCAGCGAGACAGGGAACAAUCUCCAGGACAAGGUCAACAAUGCGUGCAAUUCUACGUUGUGCGGAAGACCAAUAGCGAUGAACACCGGAUACUCGUUCGGAUGUCGCACGCACAAUUCGAUGGUGUCUGCCUGUCAAAAAUCAUGACUGCCAUCAAGAUGGCCUACGAAGGCAGCCCCGUUUCGCCCUCAUCUUUCUUGAACUAUAUGCGACUUCUUCCUGGAAACAUCACCCCUGAGCACUACCAGCAUUGGGGAAACCUGCUUAAAGGGUCAAAGAUGACACAGAUUGUCCAGCGGGACAGGCCGAACACAUUCCAACAUAUAGGAGGUUUCACGCAGCAGUCAAAGGUCAUCGAGAUACCUUCCACUGCGACAGAGAAUGUCACCAUUGCCACCGUUAUGCAAUCGGCAUGGGCAGUUACUCUUGCAAAGAUCUGUGCCCAGGACGACGUCGUUUUUGGCCUCACCGUCAACGGACGAAAUGCGGUUCCCGGAGCAGAAAACACAAUCGGACCAUGCCUCAACUUUAUCCCAAUUAGGGUUACUUUCAAGGAUUGCUGGACAGGGCUGGAUCUAUUCCGCUUUCUCCAGGACCAGCAAGUAGCGAACAUGACCUACGAGUCGUUAGGGUUUAGGGAGAUCGUCCGCCGCUGUACAGACUGGCCGGAGUCGACGUUCUUCACCACGUCCGUAUUGCAUCAGAACGUCGAUUACGAGGGACACAUGCAACUUGACAACAAUACCUACAAAAUGGGCGGUGUCGGUGUAAUUGACAAUCUCACAGACCUCACGCUCUUCUCUAAACCAGUUGCUGGCCAGCCCGCCCAGAUCAAUGUUGCCCUAGGUUACUCAACAAAGGGCCCUAUCCAUCCAAGCUUCGUCUCCACUGUUCUAGACAUGGUUUGCGACACAGCACAGAGCCUAGUCGCGAAUCCUAACGUCGCACUGCCUUCACCAUCCACCAUCCGCUCCUUACCACCCCAACUCGUCGAAGACAUACCCACGACCGGCAGCACUGACAGCCUCCUCUCAUCCCUAAACAACCACAGCCUCUCUGAGAUCCUUGUACACUCCGACCUUAUCACCCGUAUCUGGCAGCAAGUCCUCCCGCCUAAAUUGAACACAGGCAAACCGCCAAGCUCAUACCAGCUCGAUUCCUCCUUUUUCGGUCUGGGCGGGGACAUCGUCAACGUGGCGCAGGUCGUCUGGAUUCUGGAACAGGAAACAGGUCUGCAUAUCCGUCUUGAGGAUCUUCUGGCGCAUUCUACGUUCCUUGGCCAUAUGGCUGUGUUGGCACUGAAUAUGACAAAGCGUGACUCUGCUGGUGUUGACUCUGAUGCUGCGCCCGCACCGGCUUAUGCGCCUGUCGACGCUAGGGCGUCAAGGAAUGUUUCUACUUCCAGGCAACAACAGGAGGGAUUGCCAUUGCCAGCUGCAAAUGCGAAGAGCGAGUGGAGUGCUCUUGAUAGAGCGAGAGUUUUGGCGAAGAAAAUCACCAGGCUUGGGGGUCUGGGUACGCGGGUUUGA